AUGGCCUCAGUAAAUGCGACAACUGAAGAUAAUGUUGAAUUGGUUCAACAAAUUGAGCGCAUACAAAAUCAUAAAAAUGUGCAAGGCCUCAUCCUGGUCAAUGCAGAAGGCAAUCCGGUUCGAUCAAACUUGGAUAAUUCAACAUCCUUACAAUAUACCAGGCACAUGGAAGAGCUGAAAACCAUCACCGAACACGUAGUCCGAGACUUGGAUCCCCGAGACGAAUUAGUGGUGCUUCGUAUACGAAACAAAUUCAACGAAAUAAUGGUGCUACCGGGUAAGUGUCGAAACGAAUCCUCGGAACCGGUUAGGAAAAUUCGUAGAGUUGGUAUCCGUUUCAGCCCAGAUGCUUUGAAAAACCAAUUGGUAUAG